AUUUUAUUUUCUAAAUUUGAAUGGACACCAACGUCAGGAGUUAUAAAGAACUAGUUAACUCGAUCAUCAGACCUCCGAGGGAGGAAUAUACGAUGGAAGAUAUAGGCGAGAAGAAGUUUCAGAUCAGAGCCAAGAACUACUACAGAAAAGAUAUUAACUUAAUCAACCCUCAAGGACAUAAUUUACAAUGUAGCCAUUACGAGCCGGAUGCUAAGGAGAGAACAGACAAGGAACUCCCUUGUGUUAUAUUCUGCCAUGGCAAUUGAGGCAGCCGGCUAGAUGCUCUUCCGAUAGUCCAAAGCCUGCUGCCUCAUAAUAUCACUGUAUUUACACUUGAUUUUGCAGGUAGCGGAAGGUCAGAAGGGGAAUAUGUGAGUCUUGGCUGGAACGAAAAAGAUGACAUUGCCACCUGAGUUGAAUACCUCAGAUCCCAAUUUAGCGUUUCCUCAAUCGGACUUUGGGGACAAUCUAUGGGGGCAGUUGCUGCUAUUCUGUAUUCUUGUGAAGACCCAACAGUUACUGGGAUGGUCCUUGACUCUCCUUUCUCAAAUUUUAGGAAAUUAUGAGUCGAACUUUGUCAGUAUCAUAGUAAAAUGCCAGUUUUUGUCUGAAAGAUUGGCUUAACGCUCAUGAGAAGAACAGUGCGCAAGAAGGCUAAGUUCGAUAUCAACAAACUUGAUAUCAUAAAAUACGCCAAAAAGUGCACAGUUCCCUGAAGGUUCUUCUACGGAGAUAUUGAUGACUUUGUCGAUCCUUCACAUUCAGAAAAAUUGUUUAAUGCUUACAAAGGUGAGAAAGGACUCACCGAGUUUGAAGGUGAUCAUAAUAGCGAGAGGCCCAAAUUCUUCUAUGACUCUGCAACUAUUUUCUUUUGUAAUCUUUUAAAUAUCGAGAUGAUUGAAGAGCAGACAGAGGAGCAGCUCGAAGAGCUUCUCCAAGAUGAAGCUCUUGAUGCCCUUCAAGGUGAAAGAUUACCUGAACUUGAUAACACAGAUUUUGAAAAAAUCUUCGAAGUUAUAGAAAAUAAUCAACCUGGUGAACACCCGAGUCUUCGACAAUUUGGUGGCUCUACUAAAGAUCAACUCAUACUGGAGCAUAAAAAGCGACUCAAAAAUUUAACUUACAAAGAAAAGGAUGAGUAUCAAAAGGCUAUGUUAAACAGUAUGAAAACCUUCGCAGAGGAGAGGGAUGAUGAUACCCAGCUGGUUCAAGCUCUUGACCAAAUAGGGCUUUUAAAGCAAUACUCCAGUAGACCCACUCCCGAACCAGUGCUUGAUGUUAGCUUAAAGCUUUCCAAUCUUGAGUCUAAAGAUGACCUUAGCCUGAUGGAUGCUCUGAAAGAUAAGGAAGAGGAAGGUGAAACUCAUCAGACAUCCCUAAGCAUACCAGAAAAUACAUAAAAGCUAAUUAUUACUACUUAUUAUUUUGUUUCAAUUUG